AUGGCGGGGGGAGCCUCUCCCUGGCCCGUUUUCCCCCGGAAUUUUCCUGCCAUAUCUCUCCUUCUACAGUUUGAAGCAUCCUGCGCCGGGGGCCUGGUCCCAGGCUGGAGUCUGAUCAUCAGGGGCCACUCCAACUCCAAAGAUGAUGAGUUUGAAAUCAACUUCCUUUCCGAGACGGGGGACAUCGCCUUCCACUUCAAGCCCUGCUUUUCCAAUACCACACUGGUCUGCAACUCUUUCCAGGCCAACCGCUGGGGUCAUGAGGAAGUGUCUGAUGUCUUUCCCCUGGAACUGAAAGAGCCCUUCGAGAUUGAAGUCUUCUCUGACCACGAGUGUUUCCAUGUCUACGUUCAUGAAAACAAAAUCCUAGAGUAUGAGCACCGCCAGAAACCACUCUCUGCCAUCACCAAGGUGCAGGUGCUCAAUGACACCAGGUUCUCUUCAGUAGAGCUCUCCAAGAAGAGCCUUUACCUGGGGUAA